GUAUAUAAGAGGGUAGGUACCAUCUGCCUACCAUCACUUGCUCUCAACUUCCGACACACACAACACCACCAUGAAGCUUCUGGUUGUGCUCCUGGCGACGGCGUGUUACGCUGCCCCCUCCACUAACCUGAUGCAGGUCCUACCUUACGCUACAGUCAACAGCGGCGCCAUCGUUGCCCACGCUGACUCACUCAGCCCUCCCGUCGUCAGGAUACCCGAGCCAGGCAUUAACUUGGGGGUCCAGACUCCAGUACAGUACAGUGGCCCAGUCCAGGUUGCCACUCCAUUACAGUACACUGCCCCAGUCCAGGUUGCCACUCCAAUCCAGUACACUGCCCCAGUCCAGGUCGCUACUCCAGUCCAGUACACUGCCCCAGUCCAGGUCGCUACUCCAGUCCAGUACACUGCCCCAGUCCAGGUUGCCACUCCAGUCCAGUACACUGCCCCAGUCCAGGUCGCUACUCCAGUCCAGUACACUGGUGCAGCUCCCGUUAUGGCUGCAGUCCCCGUAGUGGUGGCAGCUGCCCCUGAGCCACUGCUUGCCCAGGACCCACCCAUGCCCUCAGUGGGCGUACCUCACGUGGGUGGUCAGUUCCACGCCCAGGAUGAAGCAGGACAGUACACCUUCGGCCACUGGGGCGGCUCCAACACCCGUAUUGAGUCGCGGGACUUCCUGGGACGUACCUCCGGCAGCUUCGCUUACGUCGACCCCGAAGGUGACGUCCAGGUGAGGAAGUACGGCUCCUCCCCUGCCACAGGCUUCAGAGUAGCAGCUUCAGACUUGCCGGCGGACACACCCGCUGUAGCUCAACUGAAGUCCGCCCACGCUCAGGCCCGCAAAGACAUCCAGAACCUGGCCAAGAACUCUGCUGUGACCACCGCCUAAAGUUCCUCACAACACCACACCUGCUAUGCCGUACCUACCUGGUAAAGGUAAAGGCUGACUUCACACACCUGACACAACUGUCACUACAGUGAUCCAUUGUCUCACUGUUAAUUAUGACGGCUGCCGGUCAUACGGCCUCAGUUCUAAUAGGCCCCAAUUUAAAAUAUCCAAUAGUAUUGAGGCCCAUUGAGCUUGGAGGUUAAUUAACCAGUGAACCAGACUGGGCUUCAGAAAUGUUGUGUAUUACUAAAAGUUAUCUAUGACAAGAUAAUUUCAUUGUGAUCCACACCAGUGUAGAUUAUUAAAACAAGUUACUCUAUGUUAACAGAGUGACCACUGAACACCAUAUAGUAAGAUCUUCUCCCCAGAAUGUACAUGGAAUUAUACCAAACAUUAACCUUAUUACCUGAAGGUUGAAAUUGUUCCGUCUUUUAAAAAAUAAAAUAAUUUUACUUCC